GGGGGAGUCAAAAGCGGCUCUCUGGGUGGGGGAUGGGAAUAUCCGUGGCGCAAUCAUUGCGCGAGAUUAGGCCACAGUCGCUGGGCCCUAUGCCUAGAUCUCGCGAUAUUUCCACUGCUCCGGACUGAAGCUAAGAGCAGCUUCUCGCGAGAGCCCGUGCUGAGGGCUCUGUGAGGCCCCGUGUGUUUGUGUGUGUGUAUGUGUGUUGGUGAAUGUGAGUACAGGGAAGCCGCGGCCGCCAUUUCAGAGAGCUUGCAGACGCUGUCGCAGGGGUGGAUCCUCCGCUGCCGAAGCCGCCGUCCUGAACUCCCGCGCGGGCUCUUCUAAUCCCAUUGUUUCUUUUAGAUUCGCUUGGGCCUAUCCGCCCUCGGAGCCCGAAAUUCGGGCUGGGUGGUACUGCGGCCUGGGCCUAGCGGCUUAACAGUAGCAACAGCGGCGGCAGUAGCAACCCCCCUCUUUCCGAAUACGAGCACCGCAGGGGCCCCGAAAGCCCGCACAGGCGUUCAGAGAAAAUGGCAGACGAUAUUGAUAUUGAAGCAAUGCUUGAGGCUCCCUACAAGAAGGAUGAGAACAAGUUGAGCAGUGCCAACGGCCAUGAAGAACGUAGCAAAAAGAGGAAAAAAAGCAAGAGCAGAAGUCGUAGUCAUGAACGAAAAAGAAGCAAAAGUAAGGAACGGAAGCGAAGUAGAGAUAGAGAAAGGAAAAAGAGCAAAAGCCGUGAAAGGAAGCGAAGUAGAAGCAAAGAAAGGAGACGGAGCCGUUCAAGAAGUCGAGAUCGCAGAUUCAGAGGCCGCUACAGAAGUCCUUACUCCGGACCAAAAUUUAACAGUGCCAUCCGAGGAAAGAUUGGGUUGCCUCAUAGCAUCAAAUUAAGCAGACGACGCUCCCGAAGCAAAAGUCCAUUCAGAAAAGACAAGAGCCCAGUGAGGGAGCCUAUUGAUAAUCUGACUCCUGAGGAAAGAGAUGCAAGGACCGUUUUCUGCAUGCAGCUGGCAGCAAGAAUUCGGCCAAGAGAUUUGGAAGAGUUUUUCUCCACAGUAGGAAAGGUUCGAGAUGUGAGGAUGAUUUCUGAUAGAAAUUCAAGACGUUCCAAAGGAAUUGCUUAUGUGGAGUUUGUCGAUGUUAGCUCAGUGCCUCUAGCAAUAGGAUUAACUGGCCAGCGGGUUUUAGGAGUGCCAAUCAUAGUACAGGCGUCACAGGCAGAAAAAAACAGAGCUGCAGCAAUGGCAAACAAUCUGCAAAAGGGAAGUGCUGGACCUAUGAGGCUCUAUGUGGGCUCGUUACACUUUAACAUAACUGAAGAUAUGCUUCGGGGGAUCUUUGAGCCUUUUGGAAGGAUUGAAAGUAUCCAGCUCAUGAUGGAUAGUGAAACAGGUCGAUCCAAGGGAUACGGAUUUAUUACGUUUUCUGAUUCAGAAUGUGCCAAGAAAGCUUUGGAACAACUUAAUGGAUUUGAGCUAGCAGGAAGGCCAAUGAAAGUUGGUCAUGUUACUGAACGUACUGAUGCUUCCAGUGCCAGCUCAUUUUUGGACAGUGAUGAACUAGAAAGGACUGGAAUUGACUUGGGAACAACUGGUCGUCUCCAGUUAAUGGCUAGACUCGCAGAGGGUACAGGCUUACAGAUCCCACCAGCAGCACAGCAGGCUUUGCAAAUGAGUGGCUCUCUGGCAUUUGGUGCUGUGGCAGAAUUCUCUUUUGUUAUAGAUUUGCAAACAAGACUUUCCCAACAGACUGAAGCUUCAGCAUUAGCUGCAGCUGCCUCUGUUCAACCUCUUGCAACACAGUGUUUCCAACUGUCUAACAUGUUUAACCCUCAAACAGAAGAAGAAGUUGGAUGGGAUACAGAGAUUAAAGAUGAUGUGAUUGAAGAAUGUAAUAAACAUGGAGGAGUUAUUCAUAUUUAUGUUGACAAAAAUUCAGCUCAGGGCAAUGUGUAUGUGAAGUGCCCAUCAAUUGCUGCAGCCAUUGCUGCUGUCAAUGCAUUGCAUGGCAGGUGGUUUGCUGGUAAAAUGAUAACAGCAGCGUAUGUACCUCUUCCAACUUACCACAACCUCUUUCCUGAUUCCAUGACAGCAACACAACUACUGGUUCCAAGUAGACGAUGAAGGAAAAUAUAGUCCCUUAUGUACAUAGCUUUUUUUCUUUCUUGAGAAUUCAUCUUGAGUUAUCUUUUAUUUAGAUAAAAAUAAAGAGGCAAGGGUCUACUGUCAUUUGUAUACAGUUCCUGUUACCUUGAAAAAAAUAAAAAUGUUAACAGGAAUGCAGUGUGCUCAUUCUCCCUAACUAGCAAAUCCCACUGUAUACAAAGCUGUUCUCUUGUUCUGCCUUUUAAAUGUACAUGUAGAAAAUUACAUUAAGGAUCUAUAGGAAUAGCUCUAGGGGAACAAAUGUGCUUAACAUAAAAAGGCAGACAGGGAUGUAAUGAUGUUUUUAAUGUUUCAGAAGCCUAACUUUUUACACAGCAGUUACAUUUCACUAAUGUUGAUAUUUGGUUAAUGGUUUAGCAGAGGUUUCUGGAAUACAUAGUUUAUGGAAAUUCAAGACAGCUAAAAGGGCUGUUUGAUUAACAUCUCAUCUUGCAUUCUGAUCAACUGGCAAGAAAAGGAGAUUUCAAAAUUACAUUUCUGGAUGGUAUCUUUUCAAUUAAUGUAUGUGUAAAAGUUUCUUUGUAAAUAUUAUGUGUUCUGGUGUGUCUAAGAUUCCAAACAAAAUGAUCCCUGCAUUUCCUCAAGAUGUUUAGUGACAGUUUGGUAAGCAAAGCAGUCUGAGCAAGAAAUAGGAAAUGCAGAAAUAGGUUUUGUCUGGUUGCAUAUAAUCUUUGCUCUUUUUAAGCUCUGUGAGCUCUGAAAUAUAUUUUUGGGUUACUUCAGUGUGUUUGACAAGACAGCUUGAUAUUUCUAUCAAACAAAUGACUUUCAUAUUGCAACAAUCUUUGUAAGAACCACUCAAAUAAAAUUCUCUUAAAAAGGC